GUCGUCGCCCACCUCCCAGCACGACGUCGUCCCCUUCAGCUCCCGCUGCCGCCUCCCGCCUCGCUUCCAUCUCCUCCCACCUCGCUGUCGCAGACAUGUCCGCCGAGUGAGUGCUGCCGCUGCGUCGCUGCUGCGCGCGCUGGUGGGCCGUGCGCCCGCCAGAGAUAUCCGGCCGCCCGCCUGCUGCUCGAGAAGCAUGUCACACAUUCGUCCAGGCGUCUUGCCAGGGUGAUGCGAUUGCCUUGCGGUGCAUGUGCGACUCGGCUCUGCAGCGCGUCUGGCAUCUGGUCCUCCGCGCUGGACCCUUAUCGACGGCGCUGGCUCGGCAUGCUUGCGAAGAUCUCCCUUGCACCUGCGCAUGAGCUCGACGCAGAGAGCGCCGUAGCCGUUCCUCCACCAACCCUCCUACCACACAUGCUGACAUCAGUCUCCCUGCAGCAUCGGACUGAUCGGUCUGGCCGUCAUGGGCCAGAACCUGAUCCUGAACAUGAACGACAAGGGCUACACGGUCUGCGCCUACAACCGCACGACCUCCAAGGUCGAUGACUUCCUCGAGCACGAGGCCAAGGGCACCAACGUCAUCGGUGCCCACUCGAUUGAGGAGUUCGUCAAGAACCUCAAGCGCCCGCGCAAGAUGAUCAUCCUCGUCAAGGCCGGCGCCGCCGUCGACGCCUUCAUCGACCAGCUCGUGCCGCACCUCGAGAAGGGCGACAUCAUCAUCGACGGCGGCAACUCGCACUACCCCGACUCGAUCCGCCGCACCGAGGCGCUCGAGGCCAAGGGCCUGCUCUUCGUCGGCGCCGGUGUCUCCGGCGGCGAGGAGGGCGCGCGCCACGGCCCCUCGAUCAUGCCCGGCGGCUCCGACGCCGCCUGGCCCCACCUCAAGGAGAUCUUCCAGAAGACGGCGGCGCAGAGCGACGGCGAGCCGUGCUGCGACUGGGUCGGCCAGACCGGCGCCGGCCACUACGUGAAGAUGGUGCACAACGGCAUCGAGUACGGAGACAUGCAGCUCAUCUGCGAGGGCUACGACAUCCUCAAGCGCGGCCUUGGCCUCAAGGAGGCUGAGAUCGGCGACAUCUUCGACAAGUGGAACUCGGGCGUGCUCGACUCGUUCCUGAUCGAGAUCACGCGCGACAUUCUGCGCUUCAACGACACGGACGGCACGCCCAUGGUCGAGAAGAUCCUUGACGUUGCCGGCCAGAAGGGCACGGGCAAGUGGACGGCCAUCAACGCGCUCGACCUUGGCCAGCCCCUGACGCUCAUCGGCGAGGCCGUGUUCGCGCGCUGCCUCUCGUCGCUCAAGGCCGAGCGUGUGCGCGCCUCCAAGGUGCUCUCGGGCCCCGAGGCGCCCAAGUUCGAGGGCGACAAGACGCAGUUCAUUGCCGACCUCGAGCAGGCGCUGUACGCCUCCAAGAUUGUCUCGUACGCCCAGGGCUUCAUGCUCAUGCGCGAGGCCGCCAAGGAGUACAAGUGGACGCUCAACAACCCCUCCAUCGCCCUCAUGUGGCGCGGCGGCUGCAUCAUCCGCUCCGUCUUCCUCAAGGACAUCACCACGGCCUUCCGCAAGAACCCGGAGCUCGAGAACCUGCUGUGAGUGGUGGUCUAGGCGCGCAGGCUGUAGUACCAAGGGAGCAGCGGCUGCGCCGCAAGGCCACGGGCGCGAUGCGCGGCUCUCUCGUCCUCCUCUCUCCCGCACCGCCGCUUAUGCUCUCGCCCGCAGCUUCGACGACUUCUUCAACAAGGCCAUCCACGAGGCGCAGGCCGGCUGGCGCCGCGUCAUUGCCCAGGCCAUCCUCUGGGGCAUCCCGACGCCGGCCUUCUCCAGCGCGCUGGCCUUCUUCGACGGCUACCGCACCGAGAAGCUGCCCGCCAACCUGCUGCAGGCGCAGCGCGACCUGUUCGGGUGCGUGUCGAGUCUCCCUCCCGCACCGUGUCGCCAUAUUGCUGACACACUUGCCUCCCGCAGCGCCCACACCUACCAGCUCCUCGCCGACGGCCCCACGGGCAGCUGGUCGCACACCAACUGGCAGGGCAACUCGGGUCGUGUCUCGUCGUCGACGUACAC